GAAAAAGAAAGCAAUGGCAGUCUGAUGAUAUGCGCAAAGCAAUUGAAGAUGUUAGAAGUAACAGGUUGGGCUAUUUGUCAGCUGCAAAACGUUAUAGCGUUCCACGAGCAACACUUCAUCGCUUGUGCAAUAAAGAAGGUUCUCCUGAUACUGUUUGCAGUACUACAUUAGGCCGAAAAACAGCUUUGCCACCGGAAUUGGAAACAGAACUAGUGAAGUCUCUAAAUAGAGCUCUCGGUUUUAAUAAGAAAGGCGUCAAUGAGUUUUUUAACCUGCUUGAGAAACUUAUGACAGAAAAAACUUUCAUUGUGACAGGAUUUACAAUGUUGAUGAGACGGGGUUAUGUAUUGUAUAUGUACAAUCCAAAUGUCCCGAAGUUGUCUCAAAAAGAGGCAAAUGACAAGUAGGUGUACUAACGUCGGCCGAGCGAGGCUCCUUAGUGACUGCAGUUUUAUGUAUGAAUGCAGUCGGAGGGUUCGUGCCACCCAUGAUUAUUUUCCCUCGCAAAAAUUCAAGUGAGCAGCUUAAGAAAGGAGCUCCUCCGGGCACUUUGUUUGCGUUUCACCCCUCGGGAUGGAUUCAGACUGAGCUCUUCACUAAAUGGUUUGACCAUUUUUUGGAAAGGACAAACCCCACCAAAGACAGUCCAGUACUCCUUAUUUUAGAUGGGCAUCACACUCACACUCGAAAUAUUGACGUACUCAUAAAAGCCCGAGAAAAUUUUGUAACAAUAUUAUGUUUGCCUCCUCAUACAUCGCAUAAAAUGCAGCCUCUGGAUAAAACAGUCAUGGGUGCCCUGAAAACUUUCUACAAUGAGGAAGUAAGGCUAUUUAUGCGGGCACAUAAUAGAGCCGUAACACAUUUUGAUAUGGGCGAGUUAUUUGGAAGAGCCUAUACAAAAAUCCAGACUGCGGAGAGGUCAAUAAAGGGAUUCAGUACAACUGGCAUUUACCCCUUUCGACGAGAUGUUUUCUACGAUGAAGACUUCUUAGCCGAACAGCAAAGACAUCAUGUGCCCCAUCCUGUCACAGCAGAUUUUCCAGAAAAUAAUGAACCAGCGCUAUGUCAUUCACCAAACAUUCUCCCCAAGGAUAUCGCACCAAUACCACAACUGAAAAAAAAAAUAGGCUCGAGAGGAAGAAAACCUGGUCGUGCAAGGGUAGUAACCUCAACUCCGAAUAAAGACGAGUUAGAGGAAUCUAUUAAUCGUUCACGUGAGAAAGUUACUAAGAGACUAAUCAAUGAAACAGGACCAAGUUCUCUUAAACAAUCUGCGAAGAAAAAGCAAAAAGCACGUUCACCAUCAACAUCAUCUUCAUCAUUAACAUCUUCUUCAGAACCCUUUCGCGCAAACUCCUCUGAUGAAGAUGAUCUCCCCCUGUCAUCUUAUAUUAGUCCCAAGCAAUGUGCUGAUGACACGACGGAAUGUAUUUUUUGUCAAGAGAUGUUCACGAUGAGUAAAAGCAGAGAGGUAUGGGUGAAAUGUGUCAUUUGUGAUAUUUACAUUUGCGAUUUUUGCAAAUAAAAUUAAGGUCUAUCUAAUUUGUUUUAUAUUUGUUAAAUUACCU